UCAUAUAAGCAUACAGCGCAUGCGCAAACUCAUGCGCAUGCGAGUUAAUUUUCACCGCGUCAACUAUUUACGUAGCACCGCUACUCCACUGAUGGGAUUUCCACGCACAAGCGCCGCCCUUGCUGUUACUAUGGAAACGUGGAAAGCCGAUCUAAGGAUUACAGACAUGCUUUUAGCUUGCUGGUUGUUAUCAUUAUAUUACUGACAGCACCUCUCUAGAAAUUCUUACAUCACAGCUAGCGCUUAAAAAUAAAAGCUAGCAUGUCGUCAGUUCCUAUGGAGAUGAAAGACAGUGCAGUGUCCAGUUCCAAAUGGCUUGAUGCACACUAUGAUCCAGUUGCCAAUUUAUAUACGUUUUCUUCAUGCAUCACUCUGGCAGACUUGCAUGGAGAUGGUGAAAACAAGCUGGUGGUGGGUGAUCUGGGUACAGGAGCAGGCAACAUGAAGCUGAAGGUGUAUCGUGGCACUGGGCUGCUCAGUGAGAACACCCUGUUGGACUUGCCCACCGGUCUGGUGUCCUUCCUCAUGGACCAACAUGAGCCUCGCACCCCCGCCAUCGCUGUGGCCUCAGGCCCUUUCAUCUACAUCUACAAGAACCUACGGCCCUAUUUCAAGUUCACUCUGCCCACUCUGGAGGUCAACCCCCUGGAGCAGGAUGUAUGGAAUCAGGCUAGAGGGGACAUGAUUGACCCAAUGACACUAAAAGAAAUGUUAGAGGGUAUAAGAGAUAAGGCUGACAUCCCACUAUCAGUGAGAUCGUUACGGUUCCUCAUGCUUGAACCACAGGAAAUGGAGUCUUACGUUAACCUUCACAAAGAGCAGCCCAUACGCAGACAGACGGUCAUUACAUGCAUAGGGACACUGAAGAAAAACAUGGCGGAUGAUGAUGCAGUCAGCUGUCUGGUUAUCGGCACAGAAAGUCAGGAUAUUUAUAUCUUGGACCCGGAAGCCUUUACUAUUCUCUCAAAGAUGUCCCUUCCCAGUGUCCCUACACUCAUGGAUGUGACUGGUCAGUUUGACGUAGAGUUCAGAAUCAUUGUAGCCUGUCGUAAUGGGAACAUCUAUGUACUGCGCAGGGACUCGCAGAAGCCCAAGUACUGCAUUGAGCUGUCCUCUCACCCUGUUGGACUGGUCAGGAUGGGAAAGAAUGUGGUGGUGGGCUGUGCUGAGGAGACUAUGCAGAGUUUCACUCAGAAGGGGAAGAAGCUGUGGACGACUUACCUGCCUGCUCCAGUCACCACUAUGGCCCUUCUGGACUUGCCCACACGGGGCUUCCAGGCCAUACUGGUGGCCCUGGCCAACUGUGAGGUCCAUGUGUACCGGGACAAGAACGUAGUCAGCACCAUCAAAACACAGGACGUGGUGACCAGCAUUUGUUUUGGACGUUAUGGUCGUGAAGACGGCACCCUAAUCAUGACCACCAAAGGAGGGGGUCUGAUCGUUAAGAUCCUGAAGAGGACAGCUGUGUUUGAUGACAAGGACUCCAUCUCUGGUCCCCCAAUAGCUCAGAGCAUUCGACUAAAUGUGCCCAAGAAAACCAAGCUUUAUGUGGACCAGACCAUGAGAGAAAGGGAGAAUGCUGUGGCCAUGCACAGAGCCUUCCAAAUGGACCUGAGCAGGCUGCGGCUAGCUGCAGCCAGGGCCUACGUCAAAGCCCUGGAGUCCAGCCUCACUCCCAUGUCAACCAGCUUGACAGAACCUCUAAAGAUGAAUGCAGUGGUUCAAGGCUUAGGCCCGUCCUUCAAACUCACUCUGAACAUCCAGAACACCGCAGCAUGCCGCCCUGUAAUGAACCUAGCAAUCAGUUUCCUGUACGAUGAGAAUUUGUACAGCAUGAGGACAGCCUUCUUUAAGAUCCCCCUGCUGGUUCCAGGGCUGAAUUACCCCAUUGACACAUUUGUGGAGUGUCUGAGUGAUAAAGGGAUUUCAGAUAUCAUCAAAGUGUUUGUGCUGAGGGAAGGGAAGAGCACCCCGCUCCUCACUGCACACAUUAACAUGCCUGUAAGCGAAGGACUGGCACUCAACUAGGAGACAUGGACAAGAUGGCCUGCGUGUGCGCUAGUACUGGAUGAGAUUGUCGCUGUGUCCAUGUAGAGGCAGGGCUUAGCCAUUAUGCCGCAGAGACUGAAGAACCACUCACUGCAGGUGAUCGGAGAAGCUUGUGCUGGCCGUAGAAGCCGAACUUUAGGUUAAAACAGAAAGAGGAGUUUUGAUAUGAUUGCUGCAGUCACAGGUGUUUCAUUAUAAAAGGCCACAAAGUUGGGUUGAUGAUUGUGUGUGUGUGUGUGUGUGUGUGUGUGUGUGUAUGUGCGUGUGUCUAAUUGCUUUUUUGUAAUAUAGUGUUGGAGUUAGUAUGUGUAUUUGUAAUCCAUUCAUUCAUUCAUGGACAAAUAGGAAAAAUCUUUUCCAAUCUUUAGGUGUCCAGUUUUGGUAAGCCUGUGUCCACUUUCUUGUUCCUGGCUGACAGAAGUGGAACCCAGUGUGGUCUUUCCAGUACGUGAAAAUCCCAGAUCCAAGUAGUUUCUUAAAUACUCAAUCCAACCUCUCUGGCACCAACAACAAUGCCACAGUCAUAGUAACUGAGAUCACAUUUCCCCUCCAGUACUGUUUAAUAUCAAUAUUAACCAAAGCUCUUGACCUGUAUGUGCAUGAUUUUAUGCAUUGUGCUGCUGCCACAUGAUUGGCUGACUGGAUAAUUGUAUGAAAGGGCAGGUGUUCCAAAUAAAGUAGUUGGGGAGUGAAUAUUAUUUAUUAUUCCCAUUAGUAUGUAUGGUAUUUUUAGUUUAACUCUAACUGUCAUGUUUAAAGGAAUAAAUUGAAAGAGUGAAAUUUAAAUCUCCAGUUUUCUUUCACCUAGGUGUGAAUGUGUGUUUUAAUGUGUUUGUGCACUGGUUGAUUUCCAGAACUAACCAGGAGUGACAUCUGAUGGGUUUUUGCAGACUGAAACACACAUAUGUGAAGGGAACUUGGACACAACAUCUGACUAUUGGGUUUGCUGUUGUUUGAAAUAUGUUGUGUUAAAAAUAGACCAAUGGAGGCCGACAUGACUUGCAUAAACCAUGCUAUGUUAGAGAGCUAACUUUUGGAUAGCUAUAAUCCCAAAUUAGCUAUAUUACACCCCACAACUGGCAAUGUGUAACCACAGAAUAUCCAUUUGUAAACACAGAUUUGUAAAUACAGAAUAUCCAGCCUUACAGAUUCAUUCGUGUGUGACUAAGACAUAAGAAAAUAAAGGAAGAAUAUACUUUCUUAUGUUUUAUUCAUUCAGAGGAACAGUUGCUAUACAG